GUGAGUCCGCUGAAGUCAAAGGCGACGGCAUUGCUUUGCAAUUAAGCAAAUGCUUUUGAUAUUCGUCUCCCUUCUCUCUAAUUUACAUAUUGUUUUCCAAAUUCGCGAAGCAUACCUCUGCAUUUGAUAUUUGAGAGAUUCCCUUCUCAACGUGUUUGAUUCUACUGACAAAAUCUGAGAGUUGUUUUUUUUUUUAAUCCUUGGGUUUUUUUCUAAACUUGCGAAGGGAAAGAAUGAACGAUUGGGCUAGUUUGGGAUUAGGUUCACUUGGGGGAGCUGUGUUUUCCGAGCUACUGAAAUUUGUGAUUGAAGAGGCAAAAAAGGUUAAAGCUUUCAAACCAUUGUCCGAGGAUCUCGUAUCCACGAUGGAGAGAUUGCUUCCGUUAACUCAACAGAUCGAUUUGAUGCAAAACGAGCUUGACCUAGGUGUGAAGGAACUUAAGGAACUAAGGGAUACCAUCGACAGAGCUCGUGUAGCUGUUGAGAAUUUUCCAAAAGUCCGGUGGUUCGAGAAAUCUAAAUAUACUGGAAAGAUUAUGAAAAUCAAUGAAGAUCUGCUUAGUUUCUGUCAGAUUGAUCUUCAGCUUCUUCAGCAUAGGAAUCAGUUGAAACUGUUGGAUCUGACGGGAAACCUUGCGACUUCGGUUGGCGUUUUAAGUAAGAGAAUGGACGUCUUGAGUGUUCAUGCGCCCGUCUUUAGGGACCUUUGUUCAGUUCCCAAGCUUGAUAAGGUUAUCAUUGGAUUGGAUUGCCCUUUGAUGGAGCUAAAAAGGAGACUCCUUGACAAUUCCCUGGUUGGUAUCGUGGUGUCUGCUCCUCCUGGGUGCGGGAAGACUACGCUGGUUACUCAGCUUUGCGACGAUCCAGAGAUCAAAAGAAACUUCAAGCAUAUCUUCUUCAAUGUAGUAUCAAGUACUCCUAACUUUAGAGUCAUAGUACAGAAUUUACUCCAGCACAACGGUUACGAAGCACUUACAUUUGAGAACGAUUCUCAAGCACUUGUUGGCUUAAGAAAACUGCUUGAGGAACUCAAAGAAACGGGUCCUAUAUUGUUGGUGUUGGAUGAUGUUUGGCGGGGAGCCGAGUCCUUGCUUCAAAAGUUUCAACUUAAAUUACCCAAUUAUAAGAUUUUGGUGACUUCUCGGUCUGACUUUCCGAGUUUUGGUUCCAAUUAUCAUUUGAAACCUUUGGAAGAUGAAGAUGCCAAAGCCCUUCUCAUUCAGUGGGCAUCAAGACCUUAUAACGUGUCUCCAGCUGAGUACGAAGAUCUUCUCCAAAAGAUAUUAAAACGUUGCAAUGGAUUUCCAAUCGUUAUUGAAGUAGUCGGUGUUUCACUCAAAGGACGAUCUCUAAGUACGUGGAGAGGCCAGGUGGAAAGCUGGUAUGAUGGGGAAACAAUUCUUGGUAAUCCUCUUCCUUCUGUGCUAGAAUGUCUGCAGCCUAGUUUCGAUGCUCUGGAAUUCAAUCUUAAAGAGUGUUUCUUAGACAUGGGCUCAUUUCUUGAGGACCAAAAGAUACGUGCUUCGAUAAUAAUAGACAUAUGGGUGGAAUUAUACGGUAAAGGUAGUACUUUGUGCAUGAAGUACCUUGAAGACCUUGCCUCCCAGAAUCUGCUUAAACUUGUUCCUCUCGGCAGAACAGAUAUAGAAGAAGGUUUCUACAAUGAGUUCUUAGUCACUCAACAUGAUAUCCUCAGGGAGUUGGCUAUCUCUCAAAGUGAAUUAAAGGAAAUUGUGGAAAGAAAAAGAGUAAAUUUGGUAAUAAGGGAGGAUAUAUUUCCAGACUGGUGUUUGAAUCCAAGACACCCUACUAUUAAGGCCUCAUUAUUGUCUAUCUCUACAGGUGAUUUGUUCUCAUCGAAUUGGGUUGAAAUGGAUUGCCCUAAUGUUGAAGCUCUUGUUCUUAAUAUUUCUUCAUCAGACUAUGCCUUACCAAGCUUUAUUGCCAGAAUGACUAAGCUAAAGGUUUUGACAAUCACAAAUCACGGGUUUUAUCCAGCAAGAUUGAGAAAUUUCAUGUGUAUCAGCUCAUUACCAAACCUUAAAAGGAUUAGAUUGGAAAAAGUUUCAACCACAUUGUUAGACAUUCUCCAGUUGAAACUCGGCAAUCUCAAGAAACUGUCUUUGGUCAUGUGUAGUUUCAGUGAGGUUUUCUAUGACAUAGAAGAAAUAGAUGUCCCUAAAGUUUUACCGAGUUUACAGGAGAUUGAGAUAGACUACUGCUAUGAUCUUGAUGAGUUACCAUAUUGGGUUUCCGAAAUUGUUUCAUUGAAGACACUUAGCAUCACAAAUUGUAACAAACUUUAUACACUUCCAGAAGCUAUAGGAAACUUGAGUAAACUGGAAACGUUGAGGUUGUGUUCUUGUAUUAAUCUUUCUGAGCUGCCUGAGGCCACGGAGAGACUCAGCAACUUACGGUUCCUGGAUAUAUCUCAUUGCUUAGGAUUGAGAAAGUUGCCUCAAGAGAUUGGCAAACUGCAGAAGCUGAGGAAGAUCUCGAUGAGGAAGUGUUCGGGAUGCGAGUUGCCAGAUUCAGUGAGGAAUCUAGAGAAUCUGGAGGUUAAAUGCGAUGAAGAAACUGGCUUCUUGUGGGAAAGGUUGAAGCCAAAAAUGAGAAAUUUGAGGGUUCACGAGGAGGAAACAGAGCAUAACCUGAACUUGCUCAAUCAUAUGUUUUAAGUUUUAAGUGAAAGAACAUUUUUGUAGCUUUUGUGGGUCUUGUAGUGUUUGCUAUUCUCAUGUAAUCCAAUGUAAAUGGAAACAAUGGUUGAUGGUUAAAAAAAACCAGAAAAAGGAAAACUAUACAUAACA